GACCGGCGCCCCUCCCACCCAGCGACACGUGUGGAUGGAGGAAGAACAGGCCACGGCCCCACACCGCCUCCUGUAUUGGCUCAGCCAUGUGACGUCUGAGGCGCCGCAGCCAAUCGGCUGCGACCUCCGGGGUGCACAGGAGCCUACUCUGCAGGGGCGGCGGCCGGAGGAAGACUCGAUAGCCAUGGCUCGCAAGAAACUUUACCGCCCCAUCGCAGCCAUGGCCAAGAAGAUCCGAGAGUACAGGGCUUUGAAAAACCAACCCCGAGACUCUCAGCGCUUUGCCCUGGACUAUGAGACCAUGACCCGUCCCUUUACAGGCAAGCGUCUGCCUGCACUGGCUUGGGAGGAUGUGAGGAACGAAAAUCGGCUCUUCACCCUGCUGUGCCGGCUGCAUCAUUUUGGCAUCGGGCGCAUGGUGACGCGCAAAUCUUGGGUGUGGGAAUUUGAUGAGCCGUGCUACUGGGUCAUCACCAGCAUAAAAGUGGAUUAUACCGCUGAGAAUAUGGAUCACGGAAAAGCAUGGGGCUAUCUAACAUUCAGAGGCCAGACGGACAACACACUGCAAGAAAUUCUGAAGGUUAUGUAUCAUGAUUGGCGCAUGGUUCCUAAGCAUGAGGAGGAGACUUUUGGGGGGGGGGAACAAAACAAGAGCACGGCUGGAUCAAAUGACUGGUCCAUCUAUUCCACCAUCCUAGUCUGA